AUGGCUUUCUUUAUUCAUAAUUUACUGCAACCAUCCGAAGUUACCGAGCAAUCGUCAUCAGUUAGGGACACUCUGAACGAAACAGGAUUUUGUGACAAGACAUUUGUAUCAUGCAAAAGUCUACAGCUUACAGCGUGUCCGACUAAUUUUAUGGACUCCUUUAGUUCUCCAGAGUGGUACCAAGCAGCUAACUACAUUAGCAUGGCUACUCAACAUAUUGGAUAUCAAAUUACUCGUACAAACAGCGAGCAUUAUCCAGUAAUCAUCGGAUGGGAUUCACGACUGCCUUGGUCGCAACCUUACACAGAGAAAUCGCAACAUAAACGGAAAGGUGGUCAAAUUCGAUUUACGAAUGAACAAACGGAUGCACUCGAACAAAAAUUUGAUAACCAUAAGUAUUUGUCAUCACAGGAACGGAAGAAAUUAGCAAGAAAUUUACAACUUUCUGAAAGACAGGUUAAAACGUGGUUUCAAAACCGACGGGCUAAAUGGCGCAGAAUCCGUAAAGACGAAGAAGAAAUUCGUCCUGAUGAUAUAAUUUACCCAAUACCACAGCAACUUGUCCAUUAUGGUCAUCAACAGUACUGCUCGACCUUUAAAACUCAAAUGUGA